UGUAGUAUGGAACAGAAGUUGAAGCAGCAGUACUCCUACAUAUUUCUACUGAGCUAACCGUGCUCAUGUUCAAUGGCUCAGUCUUCAUGCCUUCUGUGUUAACACUAGUUGGGAUCCCUGGCCUGGAAUCAGUACAGUGCUGGAUCGGUAUUCCAUUCUGCAUCAUGUACAACAUUGCUUUGAUUGGGAACUCCCUAAUCUUAGUAACAAUAAAACAUGAAAAGAGCCUCCACAUACCCAUGUACAUUUUCUUGGCCAUUUUGGCAGUCACAGACAUUGCCCUUAGCACGUGCAUUCUCCCCAAAAUGUUGGGCAUCUUCUGGUUUCAUAUGCCACAGAUUUCCUUUGAUGCCUGCUUGCUGCAAAUGGAACUCAUCCACUCAUUCCAGGCAACAGAAUCAGGCAUCCUCCUGGCCAUGGCUCUGGAUCGCUAUGUGGCUAUCUGUAACCCCCUGAGACAUGCCACCAUCUUUUCUCCACAACUCACGACUUACCUUGGAGCUGGUGCGUUACUCAGAGCUUUCAUUCUUGUAUCCCCAUCCAUAUUGCUCAUCAAAUGCCGCCUUAAGUACUACCGAACUACCAUUGUCUCCCACUCUUACUGUGAGCACAUGGCCAUUGUGAAACUGGCAGCUGAAGAUAUCAGAAUCAACAAGGUAUGUGGCCUCCUUGUUGCCUUUGCCAUCUUAGGGUUUGACAUAGUCUGCAUUACCUUCUCCUAUGUGCGAAUCUUCGUCACUGUCUUUCAGCUGCCCCAGAAGGAGGCUCGAUUCAAAGCCUUCAACACCUGCAUUGCUCACAUCUGUGUCUUCCUACAGUUCUACCUCCUGGCCUUCUUCUCUUUCUUCACACACAGGUUUGGGGCUAACAUACCCCCCUACGUGCAUAUCCUCCUGUCAGAUCUUUACCUGUUAGUCCCACCUUUUCUCAACCCCAUUGUCUAUGGUGUUAAAACUAAACAAAUUCGAGACAAGGUCCUGAAGAUGCUUAUUUCCAAGAAACCUCUGUGAACAUUAGUGACUCCCUUGGUUGAAAUGUUGUGUGGUUUCUAAAUAGCAACUUGAAUGAAUUAAACUCUACAUCUUCUACAAAUAGGAAAGUGUGUGAUAACAUGUGAAAUCCAGAUCCUUAUAACUUUUAGAAGUAUGUAUUAAAUAUAAUACAAU